AUGGCUGCGGCUGCGCCAGCUCCAUCGCUGAGAUUAUGCUCCGCUCUCUUGUUUACAGCAGCCACCAGCAUGUCUCUCGUCAUGAGCAAUAUCCAGCCCUCACAGCUGGCUGAAGAGCAACGCAAUGCCUCGAGGUUGUUCAAGCAGCUCCGGAGCGAGAUCAAGUCAAUGCUUGCGCUCCAAUCUCCGACUGAACCAGAUGUGAAGGAGAUGAUGGAGAAGGUGAUGGGCCUUGAUUGGGCUUAUCCACUGCCUCUACUCGGAGCGAUGCUCGAGAAGUUCCCUGUGAAAUUUGAGCCCGCCGCAUGGUGGCCUAGGGUUUCCAACAACAGCCGCCAAUCCAAAGGGCAGAAAACUUUUGCAAAUACCGAGCCAAACGGAUGGAGCGAGGAGUUGGAAUUGGAGAUGAGAGCAAUCGUCCAAGUCCUCAAGAGCAAAGACAAGAAAGAUGUACUUAUACUAGCCAUAUCAAAAGACUACUUGACGCUCGGAAAUCUAGCGCUAAAACUGAAUAAGAUGUUGGCGGUCUCGGGUCCCCUACUCACCGGGAUCGCUGCAACCACAUCGACCUAUGGUGGCUCGAUGGCCACAACUUUGGCAGCCAUUGCCGGUGCGAUGGCGGCAAUCGUCAACGGCUUUGAGUACGGAGGUCAUGUUGGUAUGGUCGUGGAGAUGUACAGACAUUGCGCAGGGUUCUUCGAGCUCAUGGGAGAGACGAUCGAAGCAACGCUCGAAGAGAGAGACUAUAGCAAGAGAGAGAACGGAGAGAUGUUCGAGAUGAAGGUGGCGAUGAAGCUGGGGCGGAGAUUGUCGGAGCUCCGAGAUUUAGCAAGAAAAUCAAUGGCUUCUUGUAUAGAAGGGACUGAGGUGGAUGAGUUCGGAAGCAAGCUUUUCUGA